AUGGCAAAAUUCAACCCUCCGAUCAACUUCUCAUUCGACAAGCCAGCAGAAUGGCCCGACUGGAAGCAACGUUUUGUGAGAUACAGAACUGCUACCAAACUAGCAGAUGAAGAUGGCGCGGUGCAGGUUAGCAGCCUGAUUUAUGCUAUGGGCAGCCAGGCUGAGAAUGUGUUUCGGUCCUUCACGUUUGUUGGGGAGGGGGAAGAUGAAAAUGACUUUGACUGUGUGCUAGGCAAGUUUGAUGACUACUUUGUGCCGCGCAGAAAUGUAAUACAUGAGCGGGCAUGUUUCCAUCAACGCGUUCAAAGAGCCGGGGAAAAAGCAGAGACUUUUAUAAGGGCUUUGUACGAGCUAGCAGAACAUUGUGAUUUUGGCGCGAAUAGGGAAGAGAACAUUCGCGACCGAAUUGUCGUUGGGAUACUGGACAAAGAGGUGUCGAAGCAGCUACAGUUAAUGCAAAACCUGAACCUAGCCGUGGCGAUCGAAACCGUUAGGCAGUCGGAGGAGGUCACCUCUCAUGUUAGCAUGCAAGGGGCAGAAGCCGGGCUAGUGCACGAAGUAACCAACAAAUUCAAAAAGAACUUGAAAUUCGGCGAAAGAAAGCAAAAAGGGGGAAACAAUGGAGGUGGCAAGUGUGGAAAGUGCGGGAAAAUGCGCCAUAGCAGGGAGGAGAACUGCCCUGCGCGAGAUUCCACAUGCAACUCGUGCAACAAAGUGGGGCAUUGGAGCCGGGUGUGCAAGAGCAGGAGGGUGGUGAGCGAGGUCGCGGAGCAGCAGCAGUCGCGGCAGCACCAACCGACAUACUACCUGGGGGCAGUGAGCAGAGCAGCCGAGGGGUCACCGGAGCAGUGGAUCGUCAAGCUGCGGGUAGGCUCCACUCCAGUUGAGUUCAAGAUCGACACGGGGGCCGACGUGAACGUCAUCUGCGAGGAAACCUACCACUCACUCAGACCAAAAACACCACUUGGGCCUGCAGACAUCCACUUGGAUAGCCCAGGAGGUGAGUUGCAGUGCAUUGGACAGAUCAAAAGCACUGUGGCUUACAAAGGUAGAAGACACCCACUCACAGCCUACGUUGUCCGAGGCCGCACAGUCAGCAACCUCCUCAGCAGGCCCCUGUCUGUGAGGAUGAACCUGGUGAGGAGAGUGGAGGAAGCGGCGUGCAGCAGCGCCGGACACCUGCAGGCAUUCGGUGAGCAUGGCACUUUAAAGACUGACCCUGUAAGAAUACAGUUAAAAGAAAAUGCUCAGCCGUACGCCACUCACACUGCCAGGCGUGUGCCAAUACCCAUGCUGCAGAAGGUUAAAGAGGAACUGGAGCGGAUGGAGGGGAACGGCAUCAUUGAGAGGGUGACGCAGCCUACCGACUGGUGUGCGCCCAUGGUGCCGGUCCUGAAGAGCUCAGGUAAAGCACGCAUCUGUGUUGACCUUAAAAGACUGAAUGAAGCUGUUAAGAGAGAGCAGUACAUCAUGCCUACCACAGAUGAGAUCGUAGCAAAGCUGAGCGGUGCCACUGUCUUCUCGACGCUCGAUGCAGCCAGUGGGUUCUUCCAAAUCCCACUGCACCCAGACAGCUAUAAGCUCACAACCUUCAUCACCCCGUUCGGCAGGUUCCAAUUCAAGAGGCUGCCGUUCGGGAUAACCAGCGCUCCCGAAAUCUUUCAGAGGAAGGUGACGGAGACGAUGGAGGGGUUGGAAGGAGUGGAGAUCUUCAUGGACGACGUGCUCGUCUAUGGGGCCACGGUGAGAGAACACGACCAGCGUCUGGAGAAGGUCAUGCAGCGCAUCGAGGCGGCCGGGCUGAAGCUGAACCGCGACAAGUGCUCCUUCAGACAGCACCAGCUGCGCUUCCUGGGGCAUCUCAUCGACGGAGAGGGAAUUCGGCCUGACCCGGGCAAAGUCGAGGCCAUAGAGCAGCUGCCACCACCGACGAACGUGCCGGAGCUGAAGAGGGUCCUCGGCAUGGUGAAUUACCUUGGCAGGUACAUCCCCAACCUGUCCACAGUGGCGCAGCCACUGUACGAGCUCCUGAAAGGUAAAAAUGCAUGGACAUGGGGUCACGCACAACAAAAAGCCUUCACACACACAAAACAACUACUGACAACGGCGCCUGUCCUCGCCUACUACGACGUCAGCAAGCCCACGGCCGUGUCUGCUGACGCCAGCAGCUAUGGACUGGGAGGAGUCCUCCUCCAGCUCCAUGGGCAGCAGUGGAAACCUGUCGCCUACUGUUCCAGACGGCUCACCGACGCGGAGACACGCUACGCCCAGAUUGAAAAGGAGUGUCUGGCUGGCGUGUGGGCGUGUGAGAAGUUUGACAGGUACCUCACUGGCAUGGACACAUUCAAACUGGUCACUGACCACAAGCCGCUUGUGCCGCUCAUCAACAGCCGCAGCCUGGACAACGUGCCUGUGCGGUGCCAGCGUCUUCUCAUGAGGCUCAUGAGAUUCAGUCCCGUGGCAUAG